GGAACCUUAUUCUUUUGCUAGUUUUCUUUUCAGAAUUUGCCUUGGUCUCGAUGUCCUGUGUAACUGGAUGUUCCUGUUCAAAUGACACUUUUGGGCGAAGUCUACUUUGCAUGUCCUCAUCUCUAAACAAAAUACCAGAUGACAUCCCUCCAGAUAUUCGCAAAGUAAGAGUAGAAAAAUGUCACCUCACCGAACUUUCUCGGGGGUUGUUUGGUGGGGUUAGCUCAUUAGAAUACCUCUGGCUCAAUUUCAACAACAUUACUCUAAUGCAUAUGAAAAGCUUAGAAGACCUUCAAAGGCUAAAGGAACUAAGACUACAAGGAAACAAACUGCGAUCAGUACCAUGGACUGCUUUUCAAGACACUCCUGCUUUAAGGAUACUGGACCUGAAGCACAACAGAUUAGAUGUUCUUCCAGAACAUGCUCUGAAGUUUCUGUCCAAUCUGACCUACUUAGACUUAUCCUUCAAUCAGCUUACUAUCAUCUCCAAAGAUGUUUUUUUAAGCUGGCCCUUGUAUCAAAAAGCACACACAACAGAGAGGACUGAAAUAAGUACCAAUGUAGUCUUGGCCUUACAUGACAACCCUUGGAUGUGUGAUUGUCGUCUUAAAGGAUUUGUCAAUUUUAUGAAAACAGUGAGCACACCUAUUAUAUUGAUGAAUUCAUACUUGACCUGUGCUAGUCCAGAUUCUAAAGCUGGCAAAUUCUUUCACGAAUUGGAGUUAAAAAGCUGUAUGAAGCCAACCACUAACUCUUUAGUGUCCAACAUUACGGUACAGGAAGGGUUGAAUGUAACACUGGUUUGUUUCAUAACUGCAAGUCCUAUGCCAUCAAUAUUAUGGACCCAUGGUUUCAAAACAUCAAACAGCAAAGCAAAUAAUGUGUCCACCAUAUUGAUAGAUGAGGAGACAGUAAAAUCUGAGUUAGUAAUCCCAGUAGUGCAUCUUGCAGAUGCUGGAGUCUACAACUGUGUAGCUAAAAAUUUCCUGGGCAACUCUACCUCUUCAAUUAUUCUGCACGUCCCGUCUUCAAGGGCAGGAGAUCCCUCAGUGUUUCCUUCAUACUCUUAUAGUCCAUCAUUGUCUUCAGAUGAGAAUGUAUUUAUAGAUAUAAGAAUUGCCAAGCAGACAGUUUAUGGAAUAUCUUUAGAAUGGUUUGCCGUGACAGAGAAUCCAAGUGAAACAUGGUAUACAAUUUAUUUUGGCAAAUAUGAUGACAAGGAGAAAGAAGUCAUAAAUAUUGGCCCUGGAAUUUACACAUAUUCUGUAAAUGAUUUGCUUCCAACAACUAAAUAUGAAGUUUGUAUCACGUUAAAAAGUAAACGACCCAGGAAGGGACAAUGCAUUUUGUUCUUGACUGGUAGCGACAUCAGUGAAUUGGAACAGAGGGAAAAACUUAUCCAUAUAAUUGUUAUUGUAUGUGCCAUGGUGUUAGCAGUGCCAGCGGGAAUGUAUGCUUGCACCACAGAGACCAGACUUAACUGCAUUGAAAAAUGCUUAGGCCUUUGCCGGAGAAGGCACAAAGGGCAAAAAAACCUGAAGAAAGAUAACAACAAAGAGAGUACCUUUGACAGCUUACAGGCCAGCAGUGAAGAGGGACUGUGCCAGAGAGAAUGCACAGAAGAAAAUCGAAGGCGACGAUGUUCCGAGGAUAAGCUUAAUAAGGCUAAGCCAGAAAACAAGAACCCAGCAGAACUCUACUAAAACAGUGUUCCUUGUUGCCUAAUAGCAUGCACUGGCGCAGCUCAAAUAAACAUUUACUAUGGAAAGGAAAAUUAGGCAAAACACCGGACAUAGAUGGAAAGUGCUAUGAUACAAUUCUGAUGUAUUGUUACUUUGCACUCAAGAAUUGAUCUCCAAAUUCUUAAUAUUUCCCACUGUAACUUUGCAGCUUACCCAGAUAUUAUCUACUGGAACAUGAACUUUUUAGUACACAAACAAGAUCUAUAUCAAAACUCAUAUAAAAACACAUACUAUACUCUGAUUAAACUGGGUAAAACUGCUACCGAAAAGGACUUGAGGGCAUUGUUGACCAAGGCUAAAAAAGAUCAUAUAAUGGGAUGUAUUAAGGGAAGUAUAGAGACUCAUGACAAGAGCUGUAGCUACCAGCUCAUACAGUUCUUCCCUGAUAUGUAUGUUAUUUCCAUAGUGGGCGGGGGAGAUACAAAGUUGACCAUACAAUAUAAAUUGUCAGGUCUCCUAGCCCCUCCCCCCGGAGGUGUGACAUUUGUUGACCACUGGGCAGUCCAUAGAUUAAAGCAUUUCCAACAAUUGUAAUGCAGAUUAGAUUCUCUGUACUCCAGAUUCUUUUCAUCAAGUUUAGGUCACUGCUAUUUUCAUACUUGCGACGGGAGUCGGAGGCGCUGGACACACAGCAAUGGACAUGAUACGUUUAAUCACCCAUGAUGCAACGCGUUUCACAGUAAGACGGCUUCAUCAGGUAGAAAUGCAUGCAGUGGUCAACACAGCUCCGUGCAUGGAGCGGUGCCUGCUCAGUGCAUAGAGGGAUACCUAUCUCAUAUCCUGGGGUACUUUGGCGCUAUACAUCUUAUCCCCUAUUGAAAGGAUGGGCGAUAAGAUGUUCCAUUGCGGCCAUCCUGCUGCUGGGGACCCCAUGAUCUCUCCUACAGCACUUCCGUUUUUCAGUUGCACAGAGCAAUCCUCGCUCUGUGCAGCUUAAAAACGGGGGUGCUGCAGGAGAGAUAGUUGGGGUCCCCAGCGAUGGGAUCCCCGCGCUCUAACAUCCUAUCCCCUAUCCUUUUGAUAGGGGAUAAGAUGCUUAGUGCUGGAGUACCCCUUUAACCCCUUAACGGCCAAGGACGUAUAUUUACGUCCUUGGCCGGCUCCCGCGAUAUAACGCCUUGGCAGGUGACCCCACGUCAUAUCAGGUCGGUCCCGGCAUGUAUCGGAAGCUGGGACCCGGGGCUAAUGGCACACGGCAGCAAUCACGGUGCCGUGUGCUUUUAACCCAUUAGACGUGGCGUUCAAAGUUGAACGCCGCAUCUAAAACGAAAGUGAAAGGUGCCCGGCUGCUCAGUGGGGCUGAGGUGUCCCGAUAAGCUGGGACACGAGCGGAGGUCCUCUUACCUUCCCUUCGGCGAUUGAUUGCUCCAAGCCUGAGAUGCAGGCUUGAGCAAUCGACCGCUGAUAACACUGAUCACUGCAAAGCUAUGGCUUUGCAGUGAACAGUGCUGGCAAUCAGUGUGUGCAGUGCUAUAGGUCCCUAUGGGAGCUAUAACACUGCAAAAAAAAGUGUAAAAAAAGUUAAUAAAUGUGAUUUAACCCUUUCCUUAAUAAAAGUUCAAAUCACCCCCCUUUUCCCAUAAAAAAAAAAACCACCAUGUAAAUAAAAACAAAUAUAAACAUAUGUGGUAUCACCGCUUGUAUAAAUGUCCGAAUUAUAAAAAUAUAUCAUUAAUUAAACCGCACGGUCAAUGGCGUACACGCAAAAAAAUUCUAAAGUCCAAAAUAACGUAUUUUUGGUCGCUUUUUAUAUAAUGAAAAAAUUAAUAAAAAGCAAUCAAAAAGUCUGAUCAAUACAAAAAGGGAACCGCUAAAAAUUUCAGAACACGGCGCAAAAAAUGAGCCCUCAUACCACCCCAUACGCAGAAAAAUAAAAAAGUUAUAGGAGACAGGAGAUGACAAUUUUAAACGUAUACAUUUCCGUGCAUGUAGUUAUGAUUUUUUUUCUAAGUAUGACAAAAUCAAACCUAUAUAAGUAGGAUAUCAUUUUAAUUGUAUGGACCUGCAGAAUAAAGAUCAGGUAUAAUUUUUACUGAAAUAUGUACUGCAUAGAAACGGAAGCCCCCAAAAGUUACAAAAUGGCGUUUUUUCUUCAAUUUUGUCGCACAAUAUUUAUUUUUUUCUGUUUCGCUGUAGAUUUUUGGGUAAAAUGUUUGAUGUCACUGCAAAGUAGAAUUGGUGGUGCAAACAAUAAGCUAUCAUAUGGGUUUUUAGGUGCAAAAUUGAAAGGGUUAUGAUUUUUAAAACGUGAGGAGGAAAAAACGAAAGUGCAAAAACUGAAAAACCCUGCGUCUUUAAGUGGUUAAGGAGAAUCUGUCAUUGGGUUUAUGCUGCCUUAUCUGAAAGUAGAAACCCUGAUUCUAGUACUGUAUUACUUUUUUUUUUCUUGUGGGAGUUUUCAUCAAAACUAUUGUUCAUCUGCUGCAGAGCGAGCUGAGCGCACACAUUUUUUAAUGAAUGUUGUUAUAAAAUCCCCCCAAAAAUUUUAAAAAAUAAAUAAACUAAUGAAGUAUGUGAAGUUGCUACCAUGCUCUUCC